AUGGACUGUACGAUAAAGGAAGCGCUGUCCGUGGUGAGUGAGGAUCAGCCCAUAUUCGAGCCGCCCUACGCCGCAGUGCACAUGAAGGCCGAGAUGACGUCGCCCGGCGGGUUCAGCCAGGCCUCCAAGCAGAGUCCCGAGUCCACCGAGCCUGAGUGGGUGGGGUCAGCGGCGCAAAACCCUGGGAAAAGAGGCGAACACGUCAAUGGAACCAGCCGUGAGUCUCCCGUGGACUGCAGCGUCACCAAGCGUUCCAGACACAUGAGCAACGACGGGGCCCCGAUGUCGUACCAGGCCUCGUACCCGGAGCCUCGCGUCAGCCCCCAGACGGCCACCCCGCCCAGCAGCGCCACAGAGGAGAAGAGGGUCAUCGUGCCGGCAGAUCCAGAGGUUUGGACACAGGACCACGUGCGGCAGUGGCUGGACUGGGCCAUCAAGGAGUACGUCCUGGAGGAGGUGGACGUCAUGCUCUUCCAAGCGCUGGACGGCAAGGCCCUUUGCAAGAUGACCAAGGAGGACAUGAUGCGUCUCACGUCGGCCUACAACGCAGACAUCCUGCUCUCGCACCUCAGUUACCUCCGACAGAGUAGCCCUACAUUCUCGUACUCCACAACUCCCACCAACACCACGCCACCACAACAACCCAGACUACAGGUGAAAGCAGAGAGCGGUUUUGAUGAGAUCAGCUGCAGGAACAGCUGGCCGGCAAACACCAUGAGUGCAGUGCCAAAAGGUCCCUCCAUGGAGCACCAACACAGCUCAAGAGUUACAGAGCCUGCUCCAAGAAUUGUGCAAGACCCGUAUCAGACAUUAGGGCCCAUUUGCAGUCGACUAGCCAACCCAGAAGGCCAAGCCCUCAGCUCAUCCAAGAACCGAACAGGCAAACAAAGUCCAUACAAGCUGCCUGACCCCAGCGCUCACAGGCCUGUGGGUUCGGGUCAGAUCCAGCUGUGGCAGUUCCUGCUGGAGCUGCUGCAGGACACCAACAACCACACCAUCAUCACCUGGGAGGGCACCAACGGUGAGUUCAAGAUGACCGACCCGGACGAGGUGGCCAAGCGCUGGGGCGAACGCAAGAGCAAGCCCAACAUGAACUACGACAAGCUGAGCCGCGCUCUGCGCUACUACUACGACAAGAACAUCAUGACUAAGGUGCACGGCAAGCGCUACGCCUACAAGUUUGACUUCCAAGGCAUCUCGCAGGCGCACCAGAAUCAUGCAGAAGGAGGGAUUGUUAAGUACCAGACUGAGAUGUCUUACGUCCAGCCCUACCACAGUCACCAGCCCAAAAUGAACUUCAUGGGUGGCCACCCUACACCUAUGCCCGUCUCCCCAGGCCAAUAUUUCAGCCCUCAGUCAACGUACUGGAACUCACCCAACAGCCCCAUCUAUCCUGGGUCAGCCAUGACCAGACAUCCCGCCACCCACUCCCACCUGACCUCGUACUACUGAGGACGAUGCAUGUCACAGCUGAACGAGAUAACCCGAGAGAGGAAACCAUACGUGAUAGAAAACACAUUCACUCCAUCCAGGAAGCACCUGAGCUGAAUCCUGUCUGAAAUGAAGGUGACAUGACGCAACGGUCUGUUUUUAAAAGGGCAUUAUGAUGUUGGCUUAAGUCACAUUCCUUCUUAUAAAUGGACAAAACGUGAGGGUUAAUUAACUGGGAGUAAUGGAAAGGAUUGGUAUUGUACUCUUCCCAAGAUUUUUAUGAAUAUACUGAUGACACACUGUAUUAACGGUUAUUCAGAUGUUAUGAAACCAAGUUUAUUUUGUAAGUAGCAUGAUUUGUAACUGUUGUAAAGACCAAAUUUAAAGUCUUAAACUGUGUGAGUAGCAUAACGGUUUUGAAACUGUUCUUUUCACUCCAUAGGUCGAAACUGCAGUUAUCACAUUCAAUGACCUGACAUUUGUAAAAGAGAAAUUGUACAGAAUGACGGUUAUGUAGCAAUAUAACAUUUACUCAUGAUGUAAAGCUAAUAAAUGAUGCUUGUAUCUUACAAUUGGCUCCUGAGAGUUUUAUCAUUUACAAAUUAUGUACAGAAACGUGUCUUUUUGUUAACUGACAAAAUGCUUUACAAGUUUGCAUCGUGUUAGACAUGCGCUUUUUCCGCUUUCUUGCUCAGAGUUAGAAGAUCGGUACCACUCUUAUAUUUGUCUGCUUAAUAAUAAGCUACAGCCAGAAUCAGGUUAGUUUAGCAGAAACACUACAAACAAAAGGGAAACAGCUAGUGUGACCCUGAUCAAAAUAACUUCUAAAGCUCACUAAUUAACAUAUUAUCUCUAGUUUGUUUAAAGUUAGGGCACAAAUGCCCUGAGCAGGGAGUUUCGGUUUUGAUUCCCGGCUGGCCGGACCGUUUGCUGCAUGCCAUUCCCCUGCUCUCUUUUUCCACAUGUCCUGUCUCUCUCCGCUAUCUCGCUAUCAAAUAAAAGCAUGUAAUGCCCAAAAUAUAAUCUAAAAAAA